CCGGCGCCCAGGGAUCUGCUGCGCGGCGCUGCUCGGGAGUGACCCUGCCCGGCUUUAGAAAGGACCCCGCAGCGCUGGAAGGGAAGACCGCGGCUUCCCGGUUCCUCACCGCCUGCUGCUGCUGCGACUCAGCUCUCCUACCAUGGACAGUAUCCUGGAACCUUUCCCCGCGGAGCGCCUCUUCCCCGGAGGCGCCUCCAGCUUCUUGGACCUGGGCGAGCUGAAUGAAGCGGAUUUCCUCAGCAAUGUGCAUUUCUCCGAGAACUUCGACCACUUCUCCGAGAAUAUGGAGGACUUUUCCAAUGAACUGUUCAACAGCUUCUUUGACGACCCCAUGCUGGCUGAAAAGAACCCUUUGCUGGACAUGGAUCUGGAUCCUCCUACUCCUGGCAUCCAGGCAGAGCACAGCUACUCCUUGAGUGGAGACUCGGCUCCACAGAGCCCCCUCAUGCCCGUCAAGACAGAAGAGAAUGCCAAUGAGCUGGAAAAUGGUAUGUGGUCCCUCCAGCACAAGCUCUGUUCCAUCAUGGUGAAGCAGGAGCAGAACAUGGCGCCAGAACCUCCAGAGGCCCAACUGCCAGCUAAUAUAGUGCCCAUGUUGAACCUUAACCCACUGCAAAGGUUGCCUGUCCCUGAAGAGGCUCCCAUAGAAAUGAUACCCCAACCUGUAAUCAAAGCUGAACCCAGAGAGGUGAACCAGUUUCUAAAUGUGCCAACAGAUGACCUGGUGCAGAUGCCGCCGACUCCUCCCAGCAGCCACGGCAGCGACAGUGACGGAUCUCAGAGCCCAAGGUCCCUGCCCCCCUCCAGCCCAGCCCGCCCCACUGCUCGCUCCUCCACAGCCAUCUCUUCUUCUCCUCUCCUCACAGCACCACAUAAGUUACAGGGGACCUCAGGACCCCUGCUCCUAACUGAGGAGGAGAAACGUACCCUAAUCGCUGAGGGGUAUCCCAUCCCGACCAAACUGCCCCUCACCAAAGCAGAGGAGAAAGCACUGAAGAGAGUUAGACGAAAGAUCAAGAACAAGAUUUCUGCACAGGAGAGUCGCAGGAAGAAGAAAGAAUAUGUGGAGUGUUUGGAGAAAAAGGUGGAAACGUAUACAUCUGAGAACAACGAACUGUGGAAAAAAGUGGAGACAUUAGAAAAUGCAAACAGGACUCUCCUCCAACAGUUACAAAAGUUACAAGCUCUAGUAGCAGGGAAGGUUUCAAGGCCAUACAAAAUGGCUUCCACACAGACAGGGACCUGCCUGAUGGUCCUAGUUUUGUGCUUUGUUCUGGUUCUGGGCUCCAUGAUGCCAUGUCUCCCAGAAUUCUCUGCAACAUCACAGACAGUCAAAACAGCUCCAGCACCAGACAUUUACACAACCAGUAAAAUUCAGUCACGGAGCCUUCUGUUCUACGAUGAGCAUGGGGGCUCUUUAGAGGAGGGCUACAGCUCCUUCAUCUCCGUGGAGCCUCCCGAAAAGUGGGAGCCUGAAAAGAGGCCAAGUGAGGAGUUGGAGGAGGAGCAGCCUCCGGAGCAUGUGGACAGUCCCUUGGCUGUGGCCCACGAAACAGCCAAAUAUCUGAACAAAUCCCGCCGGGAGGGGCCAAAUCAGAACCGGACCAGCUCAUCGCUCAGUCACCCCAAGGAGCGAUUCCAUGAGAGAGACAGAACCUCCAGUGAUACAGCUGAAUACUUGUAGCAGCUGCCAGCUCUCAGGGCCUCUUCCAUCUGUGUGCAAGAUUCUUUCCCAACUGUGUGACUUGAGGCUGCAAUCCUGUGCACACUUACCUGGGAGUAAGUCCCAUUGAACUUAAGUGGGACUUAUGUCUGAGUAAACAUGCAUAGGAUUGCAUUGUAAGUGGGAUAAGUUUCUCCAUUUAGUCAUCUCCAGAUUGGCCUUGACUUCAGUCUUUUGUCUACUCUUUCUUUGGGCACCAGUGUCAAUACAGAUCUUUCUGUCAGUGAUCACCAUAAUCAGGGACAGCACCUGGCAACAUAGACAGAAGCCUCCACCCUCUCAUUUAUUGCCACUUGUGAUCUCCAUGGCCACUGGAGUGGUUAGGUUCUUUCUUCUCUCUGCAAGCUGUCACCAAAAGUUAUCAACUUUUCAGCACACAGUUAUAAACAAUCCUCAGCCUGCCUCUGUGUCAGGAAAAAUGUAAUUUCUACCUAGUCGGGUACUGUUUUGGUUAAUCUUUUUAUUAGUUCCCCCCACGCACACACCCUUACAUAAUAACAUAAACAAACAAAAUGUAGAGAACACAAAGGCAGACAUAUAAGAACAUAUCACAAUUAUAUUCCGAUGAGAGGAAAAAUAGUCUUCCAAGGAAGUGUUUUUUCACUCAUCAAACAAUAAAGAGUAAUUAAAGUUCAUAAAUCAUAAUCCAUAAAAUGAAUUUUAUGGUGGUUGCUCUGAUGAUGGUGGUUGCAAUCCCAUGCAAAUGUA